UCUUUCCACAGCGUGAGUGCAUCUCCGUCCACGUGGGUCAGGCUGGAGUCCAGAUUGGAAAUGCCUGCUGGGAGCUCUACUGCCUGGAGCAUGGGAUCCAGCCAGACGGACAGAUGCCCAGUGACAAAACCAUUGGAGGAGGAGACGACUCCUUCAACACCUUCUUCAGUGAGACUGGGGCUGGAAAGCAUGUCCCCAGGGCUGUGUUUGUGGACCUGGAGCCCACAGUUAUUGAUGAGGUGCGAACUGGGACCUAUCGCCAGUUAUUCCAUCCUGAACAGCUCAUCACUGGCAAAGAGGAUGCUGCCAACAACUACGCUCGUGGACACUACACUAUUGGCAAAGAGAUCAUCGACCUGGUGCUGGACAGGAUCCGCAAACUGGCUGACCAGUGCACAGGCCUUCAGGGCUUCCUGGUUUUCCACAGCUUUGGAGGUGGGACCGGCUCUGGUUUCACCUCCCUGCUGAUGGAGCGCCUGUCUGUUGACUACGGCAAGAAGUCCAAGCUUGAGUUCUCCAUCUACCCAGCUCCCCAGGUGUCCACAGCUGUGGUGGAGCCCUACAACUCCAUCCUGACCACCCAUACCACCCUAGAGCACUCUGACUGUGCCUUCAUGGUGGAUAAUGAGGCUAUCUAUGACAUCUGCCGUAGGAACCUCGACAUUGAGCGUCCUACUUACACCAACCUCAACAGGCUCAUUAGCCAGAUCGUUUCCUCCAUCACGGCUUCCCUUCGAUUUGAUGGUGCCCUCAAUGUUGAUCUGACAGAGUUCCAGACCAACUUGGUGCCCUACCCCCGUAUCCAUUUCCCUCUGGCCACCUAUGCCCCAGUUAUUUCUGCAGAGAAGGCUUACCAUGAGCAGUUAACUGUCUCUGAGAUCACCAAUGCCUGCUUUGAACCAGCCAACCAGAUGGUGAAAUGUGACCCUCGUCACGGCAAGUACAUGUCAUGCUGCCUUCUAUACCGUGGUGACGUGGUACCCAAAGAUGUCAAUGCUGCCAUUGCCACCAUCAAGACUAAACGUUCCAUUCAGUUUGUUGACUGGUGUCCAACUGGUUUCAAGAUUGGCAUCAACUAUCAGCCUCCCACUGUGGUCCCUGGUGGAGACCUGGCCAAAGUCCAGAGGGCUGUGUGCAUGCUGAGCAACACCACUGCUGUGGCAGAGGCCUGGGCUCGGCUUGACCACAAGUUUGACCUGAUGUACGCCAAACGUGCCUUUGUGCACUGGUAUGUGGGUGAGGGUAUGGAGGAGGGAGAGUUUGCUGAGGCCAGAGAGGACAUGGCAGCCCUGGAGAAGGAUUAUGAAGAGGUGGGACGUGACAGCGGUGAAGGAGAUGAGGACGGGGAAGAGUAUUAGAAAUGGCUGUCUUUCUUCCUCUGUCUUUCAAACUCUUUAUCACCCUCUUCUUUCAUUUCUCUUUUCCAUAUAUCCACCUUUAUCUUUUCAUUCUCCAUUUUCAUAGAUCCACAUUUUCUAUUAUUUCCAUCCACUACACUCCUAACCUCAGUCAAAAAGCACUUUAAUUUUGACAAGAAAUGUACAUUGUAUGGAAAACUACAUGUUUACUUGUCGUAAUUUUCAGGUUCCCCUUUAGAGGUGUUCAUACAUUAGUUUAUAAUCCUCUCCCUUAUGUGUAUUCUUAUAUAGGUGGCUUAGACAAAUGUAUUGGUUUCUAGGAACACUGUUAACAGUCACAGAAUUUCAAAUAAUGUUUAUCAGUGGAGGCUGCUGAGGGGAGGACAGCUCAUAAUAAUGGAUGGAAUGGUGUCAACCACAUGGAAACCACGUGCUUGAUACCAUUCCUUUGACUCCAUUCCAGACAUUAUUAUGAGCUUUCCUCCCUCAGCGCUGCUGUCUAUUAUGGAUUCAUAAUAAUCUAGAAAUGAUUUGUUUUAACUACUAACUUAAAGAAUUUAAAGUUUAAAUCAUUUCAGUAUUGAACUUUGUCAUGAGACCUUUUCUUUAAAAGAGUGGUGCUUGUGUUUGUUAGUUUGCUUUGCUACCUAACCACCACUUUCAUGUCUAGAGGGCAGUGUUGUGCAAUAAAUACAUGUCCAUUUC